CAACAACUCGCGGUGUUGUCGCGUUUAAACCUAUUUUUUACAUUACGUUUUUAAUUUACAUUUGUUGUAUGAUUGGCAACACUGCCCAAACGUUAAUUCAAAUUUCUACAACUCCGAUAAAAAAGAUGCGUAAUUUGCAGGACUUCGAAGUGCCAAACGACGGUGAAAUAAGUGUUUGCGAAAUAAACGGCCGCAUGCAAUCCAUGAACCUGGAAUACGCGAACGUUAACGCUUUCACCACUUCGGUGGAAAAACACCCUAAAAUACACAUAACAAGGGAUUUGUUGCAUCCCGUGUCGUCGGGGGAUGAAGGGAGGGCGUUAUUUUUGCCGGUGGAUGUUCCCUUUUUAAAGCAAUUAACACAAGUGUACUACGAACAAGGUUUCUACGAGGCUCUGCAUAUAGGGGUGUCCAGUGAGCACAUUGUGGUUUCUAAAGGCUCAAGAUUAUUGUUGAAUCUUUUAAACUACGUUAGGAAAGUUCAAGUGAUAUUCAACCCCAAUAUUAGAUACUCAAGUACAAGUCUUAUUAAUAAUUUAUCUCAAACUAAAAAUUGGCAAGAAAACACUAUAAGAUGCAUUGCUUGGCAUCCCUAUUACACCAAAGUUGCUGUGGCGACUUGCGAUGAUAGUGUUAGAGUUUACAGUUCGGAAACAAACUUUACACCGCUGUUGAGAUGCAAGCAACAAAAAAACGUAACGUGCAUAGCUUGGAGACCAAUGUCCAACACUGAGGUGGCUGUAGCACACGAAACGGGCAUUAUUGUGUGGAAUAUUGACCCCAACUCCCUAGUAGCAAGACCCUCAAUAAGUAACACCAUAAUACUGCAUAGAAUCGAGCAUAAGGCUGUCAUGAGUAUUGUAUGGUCCCCGAAAGGCGAUUUAUUAGUUUCUGCUGCAGCCUGCGAUAAUACUCUCUUGGUUUGGGAUGUAGAAAUGGAUAGAACAAGUUUUUUGAAAAGACCUGGCGGUAAUGGCAAUGUUUUGAUUAAAUGGUCACCAAAUGGCGAAAAAUUACUUAGUUGCACCAAUGGAGUCGUCUUCAGAGUGUGGGACUGCCGGAACUGGGAAUGCGAGCGUUGGACAGUGUUGUCGGGUCGCGUGCAGUCCGGUUGUUGGGCGGACAACGGCAACAGCCUGCUGUUCGCGACCAACAACGACCCGGUCAUAUACAGCGUGAUCGUCAAAUCCGACCUGAUAUUCGCCAAGGACGUGGAAAAUGCGUCGAACAAGGCCGCGGCGAUUUUCGACGUCGCGAAAGUCGACAUCGACGGGGUCAUGGUGGGGGGGCUGGUGCAGUCGAUGGAGAGCGACCCUAAGGGCCGGCAACUGGCCGUCAUCUACCAGGAGACGAACUGCGUUACCGUGUUUAACGUUGUGAGGCAGGCUGGGCUUCAACUGAUACCAAGUUCCUUGGUGGUUGGUUUGCCGGAAGAGAGGCCCAGUAGCGUGAGUUUCCAGCAGAAUUUCGAAAGUGGUUCGUGUCUGACCAUUGGCUGGUCCAGUGGGCGUGUCCAGUAUUAUCCAAUCAUAUACACGGAUUUGAAUCACACUCAAGACAACUGCCAAUUGUCUGGAAAUAAUUCAACAUUUUUGAAUCCCAUAAUGCACAGCACCAAAGUGUCUAGAUUUUUGUAGUUAUUAUAGUAAUAAGUUUUUAUACCAAUUAUUUUGUAAUAAUAAGAUAUUUUUUUAUUAAAAUUAAAUUUGUUUUUUUUAUGAUUUCCAUUUUACAUAGUUUUUUGGAAAUACAUAAACCUAUUUUUGUACUAGGUUCGAAUUUU